AUGGCGACGAAUAGUAUCAAGCUGUUGACUGGGAACAGUCAUCCGGAGCUGGCCAGCUUGGUGGCGCAGAGACUCGGCACUGAACUCACCAAGAUCAUGGUCCUCCAAUACUCCAACCAAGAAACCUCCGUCACAAUCGGUGAAUCCGUCCGAGACGAGGACGUCUUCAUUCUCCAAUCCACCGCCCCCGGCGAAAUCAACGACGGCCUAAUGGAACUCCUAAUUAUGAUCAACGCCUGCAAAACCGCCUCAGCCCGACGAAUCACCGCUGUAAUCCCAAACUUCCCUUACGCUCGCCAAGAUAAAAAGGAUAAAUCCCGUGCUCCAAUCUCCGCGAAGCUAGUAGCCAACAUGUUACAAACCGCCGGUUGUAAUCAUGUCAUCACAAUGGAUUUACACGCAAGUCAGAUCCAAGGGUUUUUCAACGUCCCCGUGGAUAAUUUAUAUGCUGAACCUUCGGUUCUUCAUUACAUCCGCGAGAACUUUGAUGUUCAAAAUGCGGUUAUCGUCUCCCCGGACGCCGGUGGCGCAAAACGUGCAACUGCAAUUGCAGACCGCUUGGAUCUCUCGUUCGCUUUGAUUCACAAAGAACGUACCCGUCCUAAUGAAGUUUCACGAAUGACCCUCGUCGGUGACGUCAAGGACAAGACGGCAAUCUUAGUUGACGAUAUGGCUGAUACCUGCGGUACUCUGGUUAAAGCCGCUGACACACUUAUCGACAACGGAGCGGCAUGUGUAGUUGCCAUAGUCACACAUGGAAUCUUGAGCGGUAAGGCAAUCGAGAGUAUCAAUGGUAGCAAGCUCACAAAAGUGGUGGUGACGAAUACGGUGCCACAUGAAGAGAAGAAGAGGAUGUGUCCAAAGCUGGAUACGAUUGAUAUUUCGCCAACACUGGCUGAGGCAUGCAGACGAACACAUAACGGCGAAUCCGUCUCCUUCUUAUUCAGCCAUACUCCUUCGUAG